AUGGCCUACUAUCUACACAAAGCAAAGGAGCUCAAAUUCUGCACUAUUAUACCACUUAAAUUGGAUUCAGUCAAUGCACAGUACACAGAUUACGCAAACCAUCCCAUGACAAUGGAUCGUGUAGAGAAGAACAUUAAGAAAAGAAAAUAUAGUGAGGAUUUUUUACAGUAUGGUUUUACCUCAAUAAUUACAGCAGGAAUUGAGAAACCGCAAUGUGUUAUUUGUUGUGAAGUUCUAUCAGCCGAAUCUAUGAAGCCAAACAAACUAAAAUGCCAUUUUGAUAGCAAGCAUCCGAGCUUUGCCGGCAAGGACUAUUUUAGAAGCAAAGCUGAUGGACUCAAGAAAGCCAGAGUUGACAAUGGUGGCAAGUACCACAAACAAAACAUAGGCGUUGAAGCUUCAUAUUUGGUGGCACUCAGAAUCGCCAGAGCUAUGGAACCUCACACCAUUGCUGAGGAUUUUCUGUUGCCAGUGGCCAAAGACAUUUUUCGAGUUAUGAACGGAGAUGAAUUUGUUAUGAAAUUGAGUGCAAUUUCCUUAUCUAACGACACUGUCCGCAGAAGAAUAGAUGACAUGUCUGCUGAUAUUCUUGAUCAGGUAAUCCAGGAAAUUAAAUCUGCUCCACUUCCAAUAUUUAGUAUCCAGCUUGAUGAAUCUACAGACGUUGCAAAUUGUUCGCAGUUACUGGUUUACGUGAGGUAUAUUAAUGAUGGCGACUUUAAAGAUGAGUUUCUUUUUUGCAAACCUCUUGAAAUGACAACUACUGCAUGUGAUAUAUUUGACACAGUUGGUUCAUUUCUGAAAGAGCGUAAGAUCUCUUGGGAAAAGGUUUGUGAUGUUUGCACAGAUGGUGCUCCAGUUAUGCUAGGAUGUUGAUCUGGAUUUCAACGUUUGGUACCGAAUGAGUCACCAAAAGUCAUCGGAACUCACUGUAUGAUUUAUCGGCAAAUAUUAGCAACGAAGACGCUGUCACAAGAUUUACAAGAAGUAAUGAAAAGCGUCAUAAUUUGGGUCAAUUUUGUAAAGGCGAGCACUUUAAACAGUCGACUGGUUUUGCAUCUGUGCAACGAGUUGGAUGCGCUGAACAAUGCUCUGCUAUUUCACACUGAAGUGAGAUGGUUGUCGAGAGGAAAAGUUUUAAAACGUGUUUUUGAGCUUCGUGAUGAACUCAAAAUGUUUUUUAAUCAGAAAGCAAGACCGCAGUUCGAAGCACUUUUCGGCGAUAAAAAUGAACUGCAGAAAAUAGCUUACUUGGUUGACAUCUUUGCCAUCUUGAAUGAGUUAAAUUUAUCACUGCAAGGACCAAAAACAACAUGCCUCAAUUUGUCUGAAAAGAUCCGAUCAUUCCAAAUGAAACUUCAGCUUUGGCAAAAAAAAUUAGAUGAAAAUAAAAUUUACAUGUUGCCUACCCUAUCCGAUUUCUUUGAGGAACAUGACAUUGAACCAGACAAAAGGAUUACGAUGAUAAUUUCUGUGAAAGAACACUUGCACAUGCUUGCAGAAGAAAUUUCAUUGCACUUUCCAAAUCUACCUGACACCCGAUUUGCACUUGCCAGAAGCCCAUUUACAGUCAAAGUCGAAGAUGUUUCUGAGACAGCACAAGAGGAGUUCAUUGAACUUACUAACAACGAUGCCGAGAGAACUGAUUUCUCUACGAUGCCAGUUACAAAAUUCUGGAUUAAGUGUUUGCAGUCAUAUCCUGUUCUGUCUGAGACUGUGUUGCGCCUUCUUCUUCCAUUUCCAACAACAUAUCUUUGUGAAAUAGGGUUUUCCAGCUAGUUGAUUAUCAAGUCUAAAUACAGAAGUAGACUUGUUGUGGAAGAUGAUCUUUGUUGUGCUCUUGCAAAGACUGCCCCGAGAAUUUCUGAUCUGAUGAGCAAGAAGCAAUCUCAACCUUCGCAUUGA